GAGCACACGCGCGCUCUCUCUCUCGCUUUAUUUAAACCUGUGGUGUAAAUUUCCGUUCCUCGAAUUCCAUGCCUCUUCUUCUUGAUCGUUUUUCCCUUUUCCCAAGAUCUUUAAUUCGAAGAAAAGCUGAGAUCCAGUGAUUGGAAACCAGAAUCAGAAUAAAAAAGAAAAAGAAAAAAUUUCGUUCGGCUGAGUCGGAAUGUUCGGCUCCACUAAUCCGUUCGGGCAGUCGUCGAGCAGCGUGUUUGGAAGCCCUUCGUCGUUCGGGCAGGCAAACAGUGCCAGCAGCAACCCGUUCGCGCCGAAGCCUUUCGGCAGUACGACUCCUUUCGGUUCGCAGAGUGGUGGUUCGAUCUUCGGAAGCACUGCCACCGGCGUAUUCGGGGUGACACAGGCUGCUUCUUCUGCUCCGGCGUUCGGCGCGUCGGCGGCCACUGCCUUUGGCAGCUCGCCUUUUGGUUCUUCGUCGUCCACUCCGGCGUUUGGGUCAACUUUGUUUGGCCAGAAGUCUGCUUUUGGUGGCUUUGGAUCAUCUCCUAGUCAAGGUAGUCCAUUUGCUGGUACAUUUCAACAAUCACAACCAGCAUUUGGAAGUAGCUUGUUUGGUUCCACAUCACCUUUUGGUUCAUCCAGUCAGCCUGCAUUUGGUGCGACAACCACUCCAGCAUUCGGUGCCACAAGCACUCCAGCAUUUGGUGUCAGCACAGCUCCAGCAUUUGGUGCUUCAAGCACACCGGCUUUUGGGUCUACAAUAGCCAAUCCUUUUGGUAGUACUUCCAGCGCAUUUGGCAUUUCUACACCUGCUUUUGGUGUUUCCAGCACACCUGCAUUUAGUGCUUCCACUGCACCUGCAUUUGGAGCUUCUUCAACAUCUGCUUUUGGUGCAUCAAAUACUCCUUUUGGUUUUGGAUCUUCUCCUGCAUUUGGUCAAUCAACGCCAACAUUUGGGAGUACACCAUUUGGUACAACUCCUUUUGGUGCUCAGAGUUCUCCUUUUGGAACACAAACUACAACCCCAACUUUUGGGAGCACAAAUUUUGGUCAGUCAGGAUUUGGCAGCCAACAGUUAGGGAGUAGGGUUGUAGCUUACUCACCCACACCUGAGGAUGGAGGGAUUGGCAGUACUGGACAGACUUUGGGAAAGCUGGAAUCUAUAUCUGCUAUGCCUGCAUACAAAGAAAAAAGCCAUGAGGAGUUGAAGUGGGAGGAUUAUCAAAAGGGGGAUAAAGGGGGGCCAAGUCCUGCUAGCCAACCAAGUUUCGGGCAAUCAACCCAGUCUAGCCCUUUUGCUACGUCUGCAUUUGGUCAGACAACAUCAAAUCCAUUUUCCACUACUACUUCCACUGGGAUGUUUGGUUCCAAACCAGCAACCUUUGGUUUCACAUCUUCUUCCUCUUUCAGCUCUCCUUUUGGUUCAUCCUCAUCAAGUCCUUUUGGGGCAACAUCCUCAACUUCAUCAAUUUUUGGGGCACCAUCAGCACCUGCAUUUGUGGCCACUACUACAUCUCCCUUUGGAGUAGCGAGUGCACCUGCAUUUGGUUCAUCUUCUCCCUCACUUUUUGGUUCAACAUCUGCACCAGCUUCAACUCCCACAUUUGGUUCUGGUUUGACAUUUGGAAGCACUCAGUCGUCUGGGCUAUUUCAAUCUUCUUCCCCAUCAUUUGGACAGUCAUCUACUUUUGGCCAGACUACUUUUGGACAGAGCAGCUCUGCUUUUGGUCAAAGUAAUCCAUUUAGCACCCCAUCAACUGGGUUUGGCGCAAACUUAUUCACCAGCAAUUCUUCAUUAUCCACUGGAUUUGGUCAAACUACUCCAUCACUUGCAACUGGUUUUCAGUCCAUUGCACCUGCUCAGUUGUCUGGGACGUUCUCCUUCAGCAACUUUGGCCAGACACAACCUGCUGGUUCUAGUGGAUUUGGCGGGAUAUCAAAUGCUUUCAGUCAUCUUGGACAACCGACUGCUGCUCAGAAUGCUGCCAUCAUGCAACCAAGUCCUGCAAAUCCUUUUGGAACACUUCCAGCAAUGCCUCAGAUUUCCAUUGCACGACAAGGAACUGCUCCCUCUGUUCAAUAUGGAAUAUCGAACAUGCCAGUUGUUGAUAAGCCUGUGGCAGUUAGGAUCUCUCCACUGCUGGUUUCAAGGCAUGGUUCUCGGAGAUCACGGAUCAGCUUACCAUCUAGGAAACAUCAUCCUAAAGAUGACAGUCCUAAGGUGUCAUUUCUUACUGAUGAUGAAGAAACUCCCACCACACCAAAGGCAGAUGCUCUUUUUAUUCCAAGGGAGAAUCCCAGGGCCCUUAUUAUCAAUCAUCCAAAACAGUGGCCUUCUGUUCCACCAAUUAAGCAAAACCAAUUGGACAAGCAGUUGGGUUCCAAUGAGAAUGAAAAUUGCAAAUUAACAGAUGAUGGACCUCCUGCUCCUCCACUGGAAGAUGAAUCUGUAGAACACCAUGAAAAAGCUGCAGAUCAUGAUAUCUCGUUAGGCAAGGCUAAUGUGAAGAAUGCAUCUCCACCUCUGAAAGAAACACAAAAGCAGAAUGGAAUUGGAGACAAUGAGAAUCACAAAGGAGGUGGCUAUAUAUCACUUUCUGGUCACAGGGCUGGCGAGGCAGCAAUUGUUUUCGAGUAUGGGGCUCGAAUUGAGGCGCUCAUGCCAAAGCUCCGUCAUGCUGACUAUUAUACAGAGCCGAAGAUCCAAGAGUUGGCAUCCAGAGAAAGAGACGAACCAGGCUACUGCAAACAUGUGAAGGAUUUUGUGGUUGGUCGUCGGGGCUAUGGAAGCAUCAAAUUCUUUGGAGAGACAGAUGUACGGAGGCUUGAUAUUGAGAGCAUCGUUCAGUUCAAUAACCGUGAGGUGCUUGUGUAUAUGGAUGGAGUGAAGCCCCCCGUUGGUCAAGGACUCAACAAGCCUGGAGAAGUCACUCUGCUGAAUGUUCGAUGUGUGGACAAGAAGACAGGUGAGGUGGUGACCAAGGGACCACUCGUGGAGAAGUACACAAAGUUGCUUAUCAAAAAAGCUGAGGAGCAAGGCGUGGAGUUUGCGUCUUAUGAUGCUGUGAAUGGCGAAUGGAAGUUCAAGGUUGAUCACUUCAGUCGGUAUGGUCUGAGCUAGCAAGGCAAUCCUGGUUGAUGCAUGUGAGCCUCUGGGUGGUACAUGGCCCAGAGGAAGUACAUAUCUAGUUAAGUUCACCUUUUCCCAACCUUCAGAGCAGAUUGCAUCAUUCUAUGGUUUUCUUUGUACGAGUGUAUGCAGUAUGCAUGUUUAAGAGUGAGUGUAGUCAUUAAGCAUGUCUCUCCAUGAGAGGCUGUUGUACAUAGGUAAAGACGGCUUCCUGUGGCUGGGGUGCUUCCAGGAGGUCAUGCAGGGGAAGGUUUCGGUCUCUCAUGUUCUUGCAAGGGAGUAUUUUCAAAGUAUUGUUUCUGUGCAUAUUACAUCUGCAUAUAAGUAAGAGCAUGGUUUACAAGAUUCUUUUAGCUGAACAAAAAGUUGAUUUUUGAGAAAUUUAUAUAUUACAGCUCAACUCUUUAGAGUC